AUGAUGAAUAUAGUUUCCACUGCCUCUGACAGCAUGCAGGAUUUUAAGACAUGUUACUUAACCUUGGCUUCACCCCGUUCAAUGGUUGUGAGCCAAGUGAUUGGCACUGCUAUGGGAUGCGUUAUUUCUCCUUGUGUCUUCUGGAUUUUCUACAAAGCUUUUUCUGAUCUCAGGAUUCCUAAAAGUGAAUAUCCUGCUCCCUUCGCUACAAUUUACUAUAAUAUGGCUAAACUAGGGGUUGAAGGCUUCUCGGCUCUGCCAAAAGUUUGCCUCAAGCUAUGUUACGGAUUUUUUGCUGCGUCCAUUCUCAUCAACUUAACCAGAGAUGCUUUGGGCAAGAAACAUUCAUGGUUUAUUCCACUUCCAAUGGCAACGGCAGUACCAUUUUUUUGGGGUUCACAGAUUGCUGUUGAUAAGUGUGUUGGAAGCCUCAUACUUUACGCAUGGCAAAGGAAAAAAAAAAAAGGCCAAUGCUGA